ACGGUGAAAGAGGAGAGUGUACCUACCUCCGAGCUUAGUUUGUCUGAUGUUGCUAUAUUGCACGUAGCAUCUCUUCUCUGUAAGGAUGUCUUCUUUAAUACUUUUCUUAUGGACCCUGUCCAUGUGUCACUUUGCUCAGGUCAGCACUGAUAUCUUGAGUACUCCUCCUAUUCUUGAUUUUGUUCCUCAUCCUUAUCACCCCAUUCCAGGACAGAGGCCGGACUUUGAACGGGACCCAAAGUUUGUUUUAGUGGCUCCAGCAGUGCUAAGAGUGGGACGUGACGAAAAUAUCCUGCUGGAGGCAUUUGGACUUUCUGAGCCUGUCGUCGUUACUCUCUCAGUGUACAAUUAUCCACAAAGACCUCCACAAUUGCUGCAAGCAACCGUCAUCCUGAACGCUGAUAAUAAUUACAGCGUACUCAAAAACAUAACGAUUCCCUGGAGAGACCUAUAUCGACAACAGAGAGAUACUACGUAUGUCUGGCUGCUCGCUAGAUUUGGACACUUCCAAAAGGUUGAGUACAUCAGUAAAGUGUCCUUUCUCUCUGGUUUCAUCUUCAUCCAGACCGACAAGCCCAUCUACAACCCAGGAGACACAGUGCGCUUCAGAGUUUUUGUCUCUUCUCCAGAGUUUCAGGCUUUCAAUAGCACAAUAUCUGUCGAAAUUCAGAACUCUGAUGAAAUUACAGUCCAUGCCGAAUCUGAGGCCAAAGCAGCAGACGGCAUUUACUCCGACACAUACGCACUCUCGGACAUUGUCAAAGAGGGCAAGUGGAAGAUUGUUGCCAAAUUUGACCACUUGAAAGAGAACAUGUAUAGUGCAAAUUUUGAGGUGAAGAAAUAUGAACUCCCAGCAUUCAAUGUCACACUGAUACCGAAAAAGUCCUAUCUGAGUUUAGAAGAUAAAGAGUUGGAGGUGCAGGUGUAUGCCACAUAUAUGUACGGUGAGAAAGUGGAUGGUGUCGCAUAUGUGGUGUUUGGAGUAGAGAAUGAUGGAGUGAAUGAACGAUUCUCAUCUAUGAAGCAAGUAAAAAAUCUGGAUGGUGGGAAUGCCACGCUCACUGUUGCUGAGCUUAAGAAAGCGUAUUCUGAUAUCAACCAAUUAAACGGCUUGUCCAUAUACGUCCAAGCUUCCGUGAUGACCAGCACAGGAAGUGACCUUGUAGUGGCAAAAAAGACAGGCAUCAAAAUCGUCUUAACGCCAUAUGUGCUUGCCGUCGAAGACACAUCAAGGUUUUAUAAAUCGGGCCUACCCUUUGACUUAACGGUUACGGUUAGCCACCACGACGGCUCCCCGGCUCCUAACGUUCCGGUUAAAAUCAGCUUCCUGUCCACUCCUGUCACAGUGCACAGCGGCACCAUCAAAGUGUCCCUUAACAUGCCGUGUGGAUUUAGCAAAAAGAUUAUAGUAAAAACAGUAGUCCCAGAUUUGAAGCCGGAGCAGCAAGCAAAGACUGAAUGGUUGGUGGAGGCGUUCUCACCUUUCAGCCCUGCAGAUCCGAACCAGAUUUACAUCACCGUAGACAAGAAGGCGGCAAAAGUAGGAGAGACGUUAGACUUCCAGCUGCACCUCAGCCUCAGCUCCCACAAAGAAAACUACUUGGGGCAGAUUUCAUAUAUCGUGUUGAACAAGGGGAAGAUAAUUCAUGUGGGCAAGGUGAAUAGAACAGAGGAUGAAGUGACUACCGUUCCCCUGCUGCUGACUUCAGAGAUGCUGCCUGCGUUCCGCUUCGUGGUGUACUGGAUUCUUCCGUGGUCGUAUGCAGUAGAAGUGUUGGCCGAUUCCAUUUUGGUGAAGGUGGAGAGCCAUUGUCUGGGAUCACUCAAGGUUGAACCGUUGAAGGGUGAAGUGAAGGACUCGUAUGCACCAGGCGACAGCUUUGGCUUUCAAGUUAGGGGCGACCCCGGAGCAAAGGUCAGCCUGGUCGCCGUAGACAACUCCAUUUUUCUGCUGAGUAAGAGCCGGCUGACGCAGAAGAAGAUUUGGGACACGGUGGGACAGGGGGAUUUGGGCUGCUCUACAGGCGGAGGGAGGGACAGCAUGGGUGUGUUCAAGGAUGCAGGCCUGAAUUUUCACUCAAGCUUCCGAGAAUCAACCAGUCAUACUUUCCCACCGUGCUACUGGAAGCUCAGGGGGAGGCGCUCUGUUGAAAAUCUGCGUCUCCGGGACAAGCUUGAGAAAUCCUAUACCAACCAGGUUUUACAGCGCUGCUGCUCUGAUGGCAUGAGGGAGAUUCCCAUGCCGUAUUCAUGCCGCCGCCGUGCUCUUUACAUCACUGAGGACUGGAGCUGCGUGAUGGCUUUUCUCUGGUGCUGCACUCAGUACAGGGGUGAAGAGCUGGGCAUCAUCACCUCGCCACCACCCACCACUCCAGAGCCAACCUUGCCCACGAGGGGAAGUGUAUUCACAAACCAUUAUGGUCCUAUAAUUUCUGAAGACUAUCCUUCUUUCCAUGGCUUUGCUGUCAUGCCUGGCAUCCCUCCUUUACGUAUUGGCAUUCCUGGAGCUUCUCGUGGUGUUCCUACUGCUGUUAGUCCUCGUCCUGCACUUGGUUUCAUGAUUGUGCCUGGUCCUGGUGCUCGUGUUGGUGUUGGUGCAGGUUUUAUUCCUGGUGGUGGUGGUGCUGGUGGUCUCACAGGAACUCCCAAAUCUAGGGUGAGGGAUGCGUACUAUGACAAGCUAGACGAUAUUUAUGUACGCACCAAGUUCUUUGAGUCCUGGCUGUGGACAGAUGUCCAACUUCCUGAAGCACCUGGGCCAGAUGGAUUUGCUGUUGCACCAGUGCAGUCCGUUCUCCCCGAUAGCAUCACACAGUGGGGGAUUUUGGGCAUUAGUGCAUCAUCUAGUACAGGUUUCUGUGUGGCCGAGCCGUUCAACAUCCGAGCAUGGAAGCCAUUCUUCAUCAACCUACGUCUUCCUCGCACCGCAGCCAGAAACGAACAUGUUGAGGUCAAGGCCGUGCUGCACAACUACGUGAGCAAGGACCUAAAGGUGCUGGUGAUCCUGGCAAAGACGGACGACAUGUGCAGUGUGGCGUAUACCGAGGAUCAUAAGCAGGAGGUUUUGGUGCGAGCUCACUCCUCCGUGCUCAUCCCCUACACCGUAAUCCCGCUCCGAGUGGGAGAGCUCCCCCUGCAGGUCACUGCCGUGUCGCGUAGCUUCUCCAGACGGGAUGCAGUCCGUAAAACUCUCCGUGUGGUGUUGGAAGGCAUUCAGAAGAUGGAAGUGAGGAGUUUUGUGUUGAAUCCUGCUGAGAAAGGAGACGAUGGAAAUCAGCUGAUUCGGGUGGAUAAAGCUAAACUGAGUUCAGUGGUUCCCAACUCCGCUCCAGAAACAUUUAUCAAUGUCAGAGGUAAUUUGUUGGCCGACAGCAUCGAUAACUCCAUCAAUAAGGACUCACUGGCGGCCCUGAUCCGGAUGCCCGGAGGCUGUGUGGAGCAGAACCUGGCUAGCAUCACACUGCCGCUCAUCGCUGUUCACUAUCUGGACCGCAGCUCACAGUGGGAGAGUGUGGGUUUGCAGCGCAGAGAGGAUGCCAUCGCCUACAUUAAGAUCGGCUAUGAGAACCAGCUUAAUUAUCGUAAAACUGAUGAUUCAUAUCCACCGUAUCUCAACGAAGGAACCAGCACCUGGAUCACAGCGUUUGUGGUGAAGGUGUUCUCCAUGGCUUAUCCGUUUAUCACAGUGGACAAGCAGCACAUAUGUGGCCCGCUGCUCUACCUGCUCAAGCACAAGCAGCUCUUAUCUGGAGCAUUCAAGGAGGACAACCCAGUCUAUACCACCUCCAUGACGGGAGGUCUUCAGGGUUCAGAAUCCAGGGAAACUCUGACUGCAUUUGUACUGAUUGCAUUGGCCGAAGCUAAGAGUGUCGUUACUUGCACUGGCCAAGAACUGAACCCGGAGGUGAAUUUUGUAAAAGCAGGGUACUAUCUGAAAGCACGAUACCAAUGGCUGCAAAGGCCGUAUUCUGUCGCAAUUGCAUGUUACGCACUGGCUGUGAGCAAUCUGGGCUGCUCGAAGAGAGUGUUGCUGAAAUUAGCAUCAGCAGACCACACACACUGGCCAGACGCACAAAACCCAUUCUUCACACUGGAGGCGACAGGUUACGCACUGCUGGCCCUGCUUAAAGGUGGCCAUAUUCAGGAGGCUGCUGCGCCGUUCAAGUGGCUGAAUCAGCAGCGACAGGUCGGGGGAGGAUACGGAACCACGCAGUCCACCAUGGUGGUACUGCAGGCUCUGUCAGAGUACCUGGUAAAGAAACCCCCUCCAGUUGACAUGAUCCUGAAGGUGGUGCUCAGCGUUCCCGGUAGCUCAGAUACUCACUGGGCCUUCACCAGACAACUGGCUCAUGUGGCACGUUCCUCUAAAGUGCCUACAGAUCAGAACCUCACAUUGGUGGCCUCAGGAAGUGGUCAGGGGAUACUGGAGGUGGUAACGGUGUACAACGAGUUGCCUGAUGUACAUGAGAACAGCUUGUGUAACGGAUUUGAGUUGAACGUUUCUAUUAGCGAGAGCAUCGAGAAGCCUCCAGCAGAAGCUGAGAAGGUGUAUAGACUCAGCAUCAGUGUAAGAGCUCUGGAGCAGCAUCAGGUGCGCAUGGCCGUGCUGGACAUCAGCCUGCCUACUGGCUUUGAACCAGAAAACUCUGACCUGGAGCUGCUGGCCAACUCUGUGGAUCGCUACAUCAACAAUUUCCAAGUUGUAGAUAAUCUGAGCGAUCGAGGAUCUCUCAUCAUUCAUCUGUUCAAGGUAUCCAACAAAGCGGCAGACAUCAUCUCCUUCAGGCUGAACCAGAAGUUUAAAGUGGGCCUCCUGCAACCGUCUACAGUUACUGUAUACCAGUAUUACAACAAAGAGAAGCGUUGCAGCAGGUUUUACACUCCACCAGAGGACAAAGAGCAGCUCAGUCAGAUCUGCGAAGGAAACAUUUGUCGCUGCACAGAGGGCGACUGUUGUAUUUUGAAGAAGGGCGCUUGGACAGUUGCGGCAAGAAAGAAGGCUGCGUGCAGCGGGAUCCACCACGUGUUUAAGGUUAGAGUGUUGAAUGUCAGUCAGAGCCAGUAUGACAGAUAUGAGCUGGAGAUCCUGCAAGUCAUAAAAGAAGGCUCCGAGGCUGGUCUAAAAGCAAAGGACAGGCGAGUGUUUCUUUCUCACGCCGGCUGUAGGGCGGGGCUUAAUCUGCUCACGGGGGAGGACUACCUCAUCAUUGGCCCAUCCUCUGACGUUUGGCAAGCAGGCAGUGACAAGAACGGUUACACAUACACACUGGGGAAGAACACUUGGGUGGAGCAUUGGCCUUCAGGCACGUGUACCAAAUGCAGAGCGCUGGACAAUUUUAGCACAGAAUUGCUGAACACUGGCUGCCAGACCUGAAAAAUACCACAAACACACACACACACAGUACAUUUCAAAAAUCUGUCUAGGCCGUGUGCAAGCAUGUAUGCAGCCCGCGACAUGCGCACAUUCGCGCAAAUGUUUUGUGUCAAACGGUCUUUUGUUUCAUUUAAAUCUUAUAUUCUUUUCAUUUGUCAAUGUUUAUUUGCAAAUUGGUAGUUUUAUUAAUUGCUUCACUGUUUUAGCAAAAAAAAAUUUUAGCAAAUUAAUAAAUGUAUUCUCAUUUCAGUA